AUUGACUGCUUUAUCUUUUUCUAACUACGGUUUUUCACAAGUCCUGUCUCCGAUCAAAGUAAUUCACUUAGAGCGAGUUUCACCAGCCCUUGGAAAUAUUAUAAACUGAAAAAUAAAAACUGUUAUGUUAUAGGUACCAUAAACUUUUGUACUGAGUACUACACUGUACGAAUUAAAAGUAAAGAGCCAUUUAACAUCUUCAAAUGGAUCCUGCUGAAAAACAGGCGAAAGCCGCUUGUGGUGAAAACAAUUCUGUGGCCGAAAUGUCGACCACUACUGUUCUGAAGACAACAAGAAGUAAAGAGUCUUUGGAAAAAAAUAAAAAUAAUAGAAAAAUGAUAAUCGAUUGUACUGAUCCUAUGAAUAAAAGUGUUAUGAAUUUCAAUUUUUUUAUAAAAUUCCUUCAAAAAAAUUUGAAAUGUGAUGGUGAAAGUAAUAACUUUAAUGUAUCUUUAAAAAAGAAAAACACCAAAAUUAUUAUCAAAUCUAAUGUACCGUUCAUGAUGAGAUACUUGAAAUACGUAAUCAAGUCAUACCUGAAGGAGACGACCUUACACAAAUUGUUGAAGAUAGUUAAAACUGGACCAAACAAUUAUACAUUUAAAAUAUUAGAUUGGUUGUAUGAUAAAGAUGUAGAGUCGAGAAUUAAUGAAGAUUAUUCCAGUGUAAUGUCUUAUAUGAAUAAUUCUUUUGAAUUAAUAUAAAAAUAUUCAUUACUAAUUUUUUAUAUUAUAUACCUAACUGCUUGCCACACGAAACUGUGACUAAGCAUUACAUAAUAUAAUCAAUAACAACAUAUUAAUGCCAUAUUGUGUAUUUUAAUCACAUACUUAGAAAAUAUUAUUUUAAUUUCAAGUGUAUACCCAUGAACACUUUUAUCUAAACUAAUACAGUAGAGUGUUGCGUAUCCAGUUAUCCGGAUAUUUUAUAUUUUAUACUUUAAUACUUGUAUGUAUAUAUUAUCAUACAUAAUCACAC